GAUAUACUGCUGUUGGGUUUUCGUAUAGUAAUCGUUUCUUAUAGCUUUCUUUCAGUCAUUCCAAAGAAGAGCUCUCUUUACUUGAAAAUACUAAAAGAUAUUCUGUGUGACUUGAAGAAACACGAUGUCCCGGCUUGGACUUAGAAAAGCCCGGAAUAGGACGUAUUUAUCUGAAUCUUCCCCAUCAACUUCCAAUCAUACACUGCCUACUGAAACUGCCGGUCAGUGUCUAGGUCCUAAUAAUAACAACAAUCAAAAGAGGGGCUGCACUGACAUGAACGAUGGUUUGGACCCAAACGUGUCCCAAAGUAAUUCUGCUUUCACUGGAAAUCGAGAGAGUAAACUUACGGAUAAGUUUACGGGAUUUACAAAAGCCAGUCAGUUAAUUGGUUUAAAUGCACCUCGACCACAAAAUAUCGAAAAAUCAAAAGAUCCACUCGUAAAAGAUGUGACAAUUGCUCAUGCAAAUCCAAUUUCCGAAACAAAACAGACUGUGUCUACUAAUCAUGCAUUUAAAAUUUGUAACAGUUAUUCGGGAAAGAGUAAAAUUCUUAUGACAACAAGCCAGUGUUUCGAUUAUCAAAACACGGAAGAAGGCUCCAAAGCUCUCGUGAACCCGUUUUCCGUUUUGAGCAAGGCGGGAAAUAUAAAUAAAUUUUUACAGCCUCGUAAACAAACACGAAAGAAAAAGAAUCAUCAGAUUGAAAACCAGAGUAGCCUCUUACAAUUUUACAGUAGUUCGCCCAAAAAAACUGUUGUACCUCGUGAAAAUCCGAACCCUUCUCAAGUUCCUCCCUCCGAUCCUUCUGUUAAUGAUGACAGUAAACGCAUCGGGUCUUCCCAUCCUGUAGCAACGACGGUGAAGAAAAGUUCUGAAGAUCGUCGGUCGACGAAUGUCAGAAAACGUAAAAGACCUCCCUACCGAAUACAAUCAGCUGCAAUAGUGUUAAGUGACUCUGACGAUGGUGAAGGUAACAACAACAACACUAGUAGUGCAUGCAAUUUUGCAGAGAAACAUUAUGGUCUUUUUGGCGACAGCUGUGAUGAUAUCUUAGAAAAGGUCAAUUUCUUCGAUCGAUUACCCGAAGAACUAAAGAGGAUCAUUUUCUGUCAAUUACCAGCUCGUGAUUUAUUCUAUACCUGUCCCCAGGUGUGUACAGACUGGAAUCGUGUGAUAAAUAAAACCAAAUUUAUGCUUUCAAAGUUGCUCUACUAUAAAGUACGCAAAAAUGCCAAACGAAAUCAGCAAAAUAAAUUCCGUCAACAGCUUCAUAAGAAUGGUUUCACAGAUCCUGUUUCCUUUUUGCCUCAUUUUAUACGUUACAUGAAACAACACAGCUGCUACCAAAAUUUUCUGCCUUGUCUUUAUCAGCACCCUUGCUAUGAGAAGGCUUUGUUUCUGAUGAAAACUCAAUUUCAGGACUGCAUGGUAGACAAGAAACCAAACCCUUGGUCUAUGGUAACUUUAAUGUGUAUCUUGUGUGCAACUGUCAAUGAAUGCCAUUUGCUUGUGAAAAGCUUGCUGUGUUCAGAUUAUGGUGCCCUAGACAUCUUACUUGAUAAUGUGUAUUCCAUUGCAUUGCAUCUCUAUGGUAUGACAUGCAUUACUGCUAACAAACUUUGGAAUGCGGUGCAUUACCGUCUCUUCUACAGUCUCUAUUUGUAUGAGAACAGUUCCUGUGUCACCGUAGCACAGAUGAGUAAGAAUACUUCAGUUGGUGAGAAACAACAGACAAUCGUCAGAUAUUGUGACGGCAAGAAUAAACUUCGUCUGACCAAUGAACAGCUUCAGAUCGUUAACCACAACGUCAAGCCUGGAGAAAUCAUUAAUAUAAUUGCAUUUGCUGGAACUGGAAAGAGUUCUACUUUAGUCCGUUAUACCCAAAUGAGACCUGGAGUUAAGUUUUUACUGAUUGUGUACAACAAGUCAGUAUGUGAACAUGCCAAAACUGUAUUCCCUCCAAAUGUGCACUGUAUGACAGGACACGGGCUAGCCUUCAAGAAAAGGGGUAUAAAGUAUGCAAUAAACCAGAAACUUCAUCCCGGGACUCCUAAAGUCAGAGAUGUUGAAUCAGCUCUUCCAUGUGUUAAUAAUAAAAGCCAUACUCUAAGGGCCAGAAUGGUACUGUUCAUACUAGAGAAAUUCUUGACUUCAAAAGAUCCAAAAAUAACCAAUGAACACAUCAGUGAUUUUAUGAAUACGACAACGUACAUAGAGACUUUCCAAGGCAAUGUGGACCCUGAAGAAUGCCUGAAAGAUGCCCAGCAGUAUUGGGAUAAAAUGAUAGAUAUUGAUGAGACCACCGUUAAAAUGACACAUGAUGGAUAUUUGAAGCUUUUCCAACUAAGUAGACCAAAACUGGGUUCCUAUGAUGUCAUUUUGGUGGAUGAAGCUCAAGAUCUCACUCCAGCUAUUGCUGACAUAUUGUUGUCACAGCCACAGGCUAAAAUUCUAGUCGGAGACCCAAAUCAACAAAUUUAUGCAUUUCGUGGUGCAAUUAAUGCCAUGCAAAGUAUUGAAGCAAACCAAAUAUUCUACCUUACUCAAUCUUUCAGAUUUGGGCCAGAAAUAGCUUUUGCUGCCAACUGCUUUCUCCAGAGAUCUUGUCGUUGCAAAGAAAUCCUAGUUGGUGGGACAAAUAAAUCAACUAUCAAAGGGGAAACUAUUGGACAACUGGCUUACAUUGCUCGGUGCAACUUUACACUAUUUUCUGAAGCAGUCCAGCUUGGUUACAACAAAAAACCUCGAAUAAAAAUGGCUUUUGUUGGGGGAACUACUGGUUUUGGAUUUAAUGUGCUUCGUGAUAUCCAUUCUCUAUUAGUUGGUGAACGCCCAGUUAAAGCCUCUCAGAACAAACCUAGUUUUGUUGCACGGUUCUCUAGCUUCCAUGCUUUGAAGCGAUAUGCUGAACACUCUUGUGACUACGAGUUGCUGGGACAGAUUCAAAUUGCACAGACAUAUGCCAUCCAUCUGCCAAAGAUCCUAGAUUUCUUCCAGGAGUCAGAAAUAAAAGAAGUUCGAGAUGCCGAAAUGGUGUUCACUACUGCCCACAAAUCUAAAGGUCUUGAAUUUGAUACCGUGAAGAUUCUUGAUGACUUCAACUUAGACACGCAAGAUGAGAGGAAUUUAUUUUAUGUGGCCAUAACUCGAGCAAAGUAUUCCCUGUAUUUGACAGACUAUUUAUGCCAUCUGAUUGAUGAGUUUAGUGGCUCAAGAUUGCAAGUUGUAAUGUCUGAUGGAUUGGAAACUUGUGGAAAAUCCUUGGUUUGUGGCAUGUGUGGUUCAGUUGUAAAGCAAAAACGCAAGAAAACAGAUAUUUUUCUUUCCAGAGAAACUGUUAAUACAAUGAGUCACACAUAUGAAGGAGGAAUAAUUUGUAAACAAUGCGUCUCCAAUAUGGAACCAACUCUGGCCUUUCUCUGCAAGGAAACAGAAACUACUCAGUAACAAUUGAUUCUAUAUAAAGCUGUCUGUGAUUUCUAUAUUGAAAUGCUUGUAUUUCUUUGCAGAGGAAGAAAACAAAAUAUCCAAUAAUUUUAUGAUUCUUGGAAUUAAACGCUUGAUACAGUAUUAUGACUAAA